UGCGCGGGGAGAGCAGGGGGCGUGGCUUCUUGGAAGAGGCGGGACAGGGAAAGGAGAAGUGGUCCUUCUGGCAUCCGAGAAGGGCCGUGCCGCCUGCGGGAAGCCGGGGCAGUGGCGAUGGGGCCUGCUUCCGCCCGCCGGCCGGCCUCCUGCGCCCGAGGGACCCGCUCCCGCGGCGCCGGCCUGAUGCUCCUUCCUUCCAUGCUGAUGUUCGGCGUGAUCGUGGCCUCCAGCGGCCUGCUCCUGAUGAUCGAGAAGGGCAUCCUGUCUGCGGUGAAGCCCCUGCCGCUGCCUCCCUCGCGGGGUGAAGUGUCCUGGCGGAGGGCCCCGGCGGCAGAGGGCGAGGAGGAGGGCGAGGCGGUGCUGCGGGACACCCGCAACCGGACCCUGCGCGCCGUCUGCGGGCAGAAGAGCAUGCCCGGCAGCGCCUGGGACCUUCCCGCGGGGCAGAGGAAGACCCUCCUCAAGCACAUCCUGGUCAGCGACAAGCACCGCUUCCUCUACUGCUACGUGCCCAAGGUGGCCUGCUCUAACUGGAAGCGCAUCCUGAAGGUCUUGGGCGGCGCCCUGGAGAGCGUGGAGGUCAAGCUCAAGAUGGACCACCGGCGGGACCUGGUCUUCCUGGGCGACCUCAAGCCCGACGAGAUCCGCUACCGCCUCAAGCACUACUUCAAGUUCCUCUUCGUGCGGGACCCCAUGGAGCGCCUGCUCUCCGCCUACAGGAACAAAUUCGGAGAGAUCAAGGAGUACCAGCUCAAGUACGGCGUGGAGAUCGUCAAAAGGUACCGGAAGAACCCCGGGAAGACCGCCGGGGACGACGUCACCUUUUCCGAAUUCCUCCGCUUCCUCUUGGACGAGGAGCCGGAGAGGAUGAACGAGCACUGGAUGCCCAUUUACAACUUGUGCCAGCCCUGCGCCGUGAGGUACGACUUUAUCGGAUCCUACGAAAGACUGAAGGAAGAUGCCGAUUACGUCCUGGAAAGGAUCCAGGCGCCUUCUUUCGUACGCUUCCCAGAGCGGCAGUCGUGGUACAAACCAGUCACUCCCGAAACCCUGCAUUAUUAUUUGUGUAACACACCAAGGGACCUUAUCGAACAACUAUUUCCAAAGUACAUACUGGAUUUCUCUUUGUUUGCGUACCCUCUUCCAAACAUUACGACUGAAUCUUGUAGGCAAUGAACUUUUCCCAUUGUAAAUCCUAUGCAAUUACCCCUGUGAAAAUAUUCCCUACACCAAGCAGGUACUGGCUUGUUCAGUAGACUCUCCUCUACAGUUAUAUUCCCGACACUAAAGUCCUUCAGGCCUGUAUACUACGAGGGUUAUCCCGAAAGUAAGGUUACAAGAUGUUUUGAAAAUACAAAGAAUGAAUAUAUGAGGAUUGAAUGAAAAGAUGGCAGUACUGGUAUGCGGCAGGUACUGGCUUGUUCAGUAGACUCUCCUCUACAGUUAUAUUCCCGACACUAAAGUCCUUCAGGCCUGUAUACUACGAGGGUUAUCCCGAAAGUAAGGUUACAAGAUGUUUUGAAAAUACAAAGAAUGAAUAUAUGAGGAUUGAAUGAAAAGAUGGCAGUACUGGUAUGCGGCAGGUACUGGCUUGUUCAGUAGACUCUCCUCUACAGUUAUAUUCUUGACACUAAACUCCUUCAGGCCUGUAUACUACGAGGGUUAUCCGGAACGUAAGGUUACAAGAUGUUUUUAAAAUACAAAGAAUGAAUAUAUGAAGAUUGAAUGAAAAGAUGGCAGUACUGGUAUGCCGCAGGUACUGCCUUGUUCAGUAGACUCUCCUCUACAGUUUUAUUCCCGACACUAAACUCCUUCAGGCCUGUAUACUGCGAGGGUUAUCCGGAAAGUAAGGUUACAAGGUGUUUUUAGAAUACAAAGAAUGAAUAUAUGAGGAUUGAAUGAAAAGUUGGCAGUACUGGUAUGCCGCAGGUACUGGCUUGUUCAGUAGACUCUCCUCUACAGUUUUAUUCCCGACACUAAACUCCUUCAGGCCUGUAUACUGCGAGGGUUAUCCGGAAAGUAAGGUUACAUGAUGUUUUUAAAAUACAAAGAAUGAAUAUAUGAGGAUUGAAUGAAAAGAUGGCAGUACUGGUAUGCGGCAGGUACUGGCUUGUUCAGUAGACUCUCCUCUACAGUUAUAUUCCCGACACUAAACUCCUUCAGGCCUGUAUACUACGAGGGUUAUCUGGAAAGUAAGGUUACAUGAUGUUUUUAAAAUACAAAGAAUGUAUAUAUGAGGAUUGAAUGAAAAGUAAUGCCUCCAUCUUCGUAACUCCUCAGUAGGCAGUACUGGUAUAUGGCAGGCACUGGCUUGUUCAGUAGACUCUCCUCUAGUGUUAUAUUCCAGAUACUAAACUCAUGAGGACAAUCGUUUACAUGAGGACAAUCGUUUUAUACUGUAUCUAUUUUUAUUUCAGUACUAAAAUAAGAGUUCAGCCCCUCCCCGAAAUGUUUCAGAUUAAAGAAAGCCCGGUUUAAUUAUGAAUUAGUUAACCCAGACAGGCCCUAUGUCCCAGGACAUGACCCCAGGUUUUUGAUUUAUCCCAGAUUAUCUGGCAGUGGGGACUCAUAUAAUCCAGGUUAAAUCAGAAAAUCUGGGGUCAGAUCCCAGUUUAUAUAUGAAUUGGUUAACUAGGGUCCUUCCAGACAGGCCAUAUAUCCCAGGAUAUGACCCCAGGUUUAUCCCAGAUUAUCUGGCAGUGCGGACUCAUAUAAUCCAGGUUAAAUCAGAAAAUCUGGGAUCAGAUCCUGGGAUAUAGCACCUGUCUGGAAGGGCCCUGGUUAACCAAAACCGUUUUUUUUUUCUUCUUCCAACCUGAAACAUCUCAGGGAGGGGGUUGAACCCUUACACACACACACACACACACCCGUACAGGCCUGAACUCCUUGUUCUAUGCGUUGCCUUUACAUCAAAAGUAGCUUUAACUUUUGUAUAAUAUGUAUAUACGCUGCUGCAAUGAGCACAAUAUUUUUUUGAAACUUUGCCCAGGG